AUGGCAAACGUUAAUAUAACUUCUUCAAAUGAUAUCAACAGGCGAGGAAUACAACAACAACAACAACAACAACAACAACAACAUUUACAAUCUCAAAUUCCUCAAUUCGCAUCCUCCUCUAAUAUAACAAAUAUGAAAAGAAGAAAUAGUGCAACCACAAAUUCUAACAUUAAUAACAACAAUAAUAACAUGGGACUUUCAGAAUUAAUGAAUAGAGGUUAUAUGAAUAAUUCUGAUCUACUACACUCCACCACCAAUAAUAAUAAUAAUAAUAAUAAUAAUAAGAAACGCAAAGCAAGAUCUACAGUCGCUUCUGGUCGUUUGAACUUUAAUUCAACUGAUCAAGAUGGUAUAACGAAUCUUCGGAGAAGAAGAAGAAGAAGUACAAGUAAUAAUAGUAUAGGUACAUCAAUAAGGCAAUCAACAUUACCACAACAGAAAAGAUGGUCUUUAAAUAAUAAUACAUCAAUUGGAAACUCACUAUUAUUAUUUCAAUCUAAAUCAACAACUGGUACAACAACAACAACAAAUAGAGAUCCAAGACCAUUAAGAGAUAAAAAUUUCCAAAAUGCAAUUCAACAAGAAAUUUUCGAUUAUUUAAUUGAAAAUAAAUUCGAUUUACAAACAAAUCAUCCAAUAUCAAUUAAAUCAUUAAGACAACCAACUCAAAAAUUCUUUAUAAUAUUAUUUAAAUGGCUCUAUAAUAGAUUAGACCAAGGUUAUUCAUUCGUAUCCAAAUCCAUCGAGAAUGAAGUAUAUCACCUUUUGAAAAAUUUACAAUAUCCAUAUUUGGAAACAAUUAAUCGAUCACAAAUUUCUGCCGUCGGUGGUGGUACUAAUUGGUACAAAUUUCUAGGGAUGAUCCAUUGGUUAGUGAAAAUCAAUAUUAAUUUAGAAACCUCUUUAACAAAACUUGAUGAACAAAAUUCACUCUUAAAGGAUAAUAAUACACAAGAUUUUACAAUCUUGAAUCAACCUUUGAAAACUUUAGAUGAACAAGAUCAAAGACAAGAAAAAUAUGAAUUAAUAGUCGAAAAAUUAUUCAUAGAUUAUAUCACUGAAUCAUAUCAAAGUUUUUUGAAACUUGAAGAUAAUUAUCAACCAUAUAUGAUUAAAUUAACUAAUGGAUUUAAUAAAUUUAUUCAUAUUAUUGAAAUUGAUAUUAAAAAUUUACAAUUGAAUAAUAAGUCCAUUUUCACAAAAUAUCAAAAUUUAAUUGAAAUGAGUCAAAAAUUGAAAAUUUCCAAGAAAAAAUUUAAUGCAUUACAAUUAGAUUUAACUAAAUUUCAAAAUUAUAUUAAUACAAUGGAAUUUAAAUCUCAUGAAUGGCCUAAAAAAUUAGAAAGAAUGAAUGACGAACGAGAAAGAAAACAACAAGAAAUCAAAUCAAUUGAAUUAGAAAUUUCCAAUCUUGAAAAAAAAUUAAAUGAUAAAAACUUUUCCAUUGAAAAUAUUGAUUUAAAAAAUGAAAGGAAAAAUAAACUUAUAACUCAAUUAGAUCUCCUAUCUAUUGAAAAUGAUAAAUUGAUCGUGGUUUUGAAAAAUAAAAAAAUAGAAUGUGAAAAAAAUUUUAAGAAUAUGAUUAAUACAAUUAAUCAAUAUCAUACAAUCAUUGAUAAUUUAAUAUUGGCACGAAAUAACAUUUCAGAACAUUAUCGUAUAAAGGAAAAAAAUAAUGUAGAAACUUUUGAAGAUCGUGAUAAGAUAAAGAAAGAUGACCUCAUAAUAAAAAUCAAGUCGAAAUAUCAAGAUUAUAUUACAAAGGGUUUGAUAAAUAACAUUAUUGAAGAGGGUGAAUCUGAACCUGAAUCUGAAACAGACCCUACAACAUUUAAUUAUGGAACUUUCUUCAAUAAUGAUAUUGAAACAUUUUCAAUCAAUGGAACGAUACGAAAUCAUAUUUUAAAAUUAAAUGAACAAAUUCAAAUUCAAAUUGAAUCCAUACAAAACGAAAAUAAACAAAUUGAAGAUUCUAUUGCGCAAUUAAAACACAACAUAAAUGAAAAUAAUAUCAUAAAUGAUUCAUUAGAAGAAGAUCUUUUCAAUUUAAAUUCAGAAUUUGAAUUAAAUAAGCAACAAAAUGAAAAUGAUCUUAUAACACAAAGAAUUGAAAUUGAAAAAUUCGAAAGGAAAAUCUCAGAUACGAAAAAGGAAAUAGAUUCCAAGAUUAUAUCUGCAAAUCAAUUAGUUAAAAGUACAAAACUGAAACAUCAAGAAUUCCAAAGAGAUAUUACUAAUCAAAGAGAAUCUUUACAAAGGAAAAUCAUUGAUAUUAUUGAGGUCGCUACGGAUUUCAAAUUUGACAUUCAAAAAUUAAUAGAAUCAAAAGAUAUUGAUAUCACCAAUUUACUAAAAGAACUCGACAUUGAUGACUUCGGAUCCUCAUAA